AUGGUAAGUGGUAAGGAGUUUAGAUCGAACCUGAGGAAACCCCUACCAAACAGUCGCAGACCCAAAGGAUGUCGACUGGUACCAGCUUUCACGAUACAAGCUUUACAAAAGGGUACCUGCGUGGUUCCUCCCCCCAAAUGCAAUGCUUACAGAGAGGAGUUUCCGAAACAGAAGAAAUUUCGGCAAAACUAUCUACGGGGGAACCUGCCCAUCUCCAUGGAGGCUAAGGGAGGAAAGGUGUCUUGGAAGGCAGAAAUAUCUAAACUCGAUUUCCACUAUUACUUACCCAUGUUCUUUGAAGGACUCUGUGAAACGGAAAAUCCAUAUAAAUUAUUCGCCCAGCAAGGUAUUCACGAUAUGUUGACCCACGGCGGACCGAAGAUAUUUCCUUGCAUUCCGCAAUUGAUUAUUCCCAUAAAAGAUGCUCUGAAAACGAAAAACAAAGAAGUUAUGUGUACCACACUAAGGGUACUGCAACACUUGAUAAAAUCGGGCGAUAUGAUAGGGGAAGCACUGGUCCCAUACUACCGGCAGAUUUUGCCCGUUCUAAAUUUGUUUAAAGAAAAAAAUGUAAAUUGCGGAGAUGAAAUUGAUUACAGCCAAAUGAGAGGCGACAAUUUGGCAGAUCUGAUCAACGAGACUUUGGAAAUUUUAGAAACUUACGGGGGAGAGGAUGCCUUCAUUAAUAUUAAAUAUUUGAUACCUACGUAUGAAUCGUGCAUAAUGAACUAA